ACUGCGCAUGACAGUGUGAGCAGUGAAUAGAAAAAAAAAACUUUUGGAAUGAUAGACUGCGCAUGACCGCGGCUUAACUAAAUUAGUCUGCAGCCAUAAUUUAGGAGGAGUGCUGCAGAGGAUGAAUGGGUGUCCGCAUAGAUAGAUAGAACAAAGAGGUAUUGGUAGCCAGUACUACAGAAAAGAACAUUAAUCAUUUUCAUUUAACGAUGGCAGGUACGCAGCGCGAGAGGUGCUGUGUUGGUGGUUCUGAAAUGCUCCUCUAUGGUGGGUCGGCAAUCAUCCUGUUUGCAGAAAGAGCCGCGCUGACAUAUAGCAUCCUACACUAUUUUGUUAUUGGACAUCAAUUGUGGGCGGGACUGACCUUUACCCUCACCUUACCAGCCUGCGCUGUCCAGCUGCUGAGUUUCUAUUGGUUUAGCGUGGAUGGUGAAAGAAAGCGCUGCUUCCUGGUCAUCAUACACAUCCUGCAACUGGGAAUCUACAAACGAUACUGGGACUGCGCUUGGUCCAUGGUGCGGGCUCAACGAACAGCAGGGGGGCUGGGAGCCAUGGUGAUGCAGCAGGGAGACGUUUCAGCCCUGCACCUGCUGGAGGCACUCUUACUCUCUCUGCCUCAGACGCUGUUGCAGAGCUACCUGUUGGUGACAGCCGAGAUCAGCCUUAUCACUCCAGCGGCGGCACUGUGCUCCAGCCUGUCCCUGCUCUCCCUCUCCUGGGCCCUGGUGCUACACAGCCGGGCCUCCUGUCUGAUCCUGCCUGGGCACCUCAGCAUGCCACCUGCCGCCCUGCUUUGCCAGCUACUCUGGAGGGCUGGCAUGCUGUGGUCGAGGGUCACCACACUGGUCCUCUUCGCCAGGGCAUAUCAUUGGUGGGUCUUCGGUGUUGGAGGUCUCCACUGGCUGGCCGCCUCCUUCUGGCUCGUCACACAGCAGUCAGAUAUUUUUAAGAAUCCCUGGCACUGGCGUCUCUUCAGCUGCACCCUGGGAGCUGUUCAUGUUUUUUGUUUCUUAAAUGUGAAGUACGGCCCGUCCAGAUUCCGCAUGUCUGCGUUCUAUGCGGUCAUGCUGUUGGAAAAUGCAACCCUCUUGCUUUUUGCAUCAGACUUUCUGCAGGUUGCUUCGUGGGACAGCAUGGGGACAUCCACAGCAGUUCUGUGUAGUUUCCUUGUUGGUGGCACCGCUUUAGUCCUAUAUUACCGUUUCCUCCACCCUAAAUCGACCGAGAUCUCCCUCAGCUACCAAAGCGGCCAACCAAGCAGUGCAUGCUGGGAUAAAGGGUCAACUUCCUUUUCCCCUGGAGAUAAAGAUGCAGCCUUCUCUCCUCCCCUCCAAACUUAUUGUACCAGGUCCCCCACUGGAGUAACAGAAACUGACCUGGAACAUGGUGGAAUAUCUGCUCUGGAGCCUCCCGUUAUGGGAACAUCCAUUGACGAAGGGCACCAUCACUGGCUGCUGCUCCGGCUGGCUCUGAAGACAGGCGACCUAGAGAAAAUCCACAGGAGUUACGGUGCUGGGGGGGCUACAGCUAUCUUGGGUGUGGUAGAGCACAAAAAGGCAGAAGAAAAAAAGGUGAUGGAUGAGGAAGAGAAGGAUAAGGAGGAAGAAGGAAAAGGGGAAGAUGAAAGGGAUCAGCCACAGUUAGGGCUUCCUCUCCUACUGGACCCUGCAGCCAAAUGGGAUCAUGCUGUUGUUCCAUUUUCAGAAGAUGAAGAUACUGGGGAGACCUCCCAGUAUGUUAGCCUUCAGACCAACCCUUUGGAGGCCCAGAGGAAGAGAGGACUUACCCCAGGGGGCGAAUACAAGAGGGGCUGCCCAGAAGGUCGAUCUGUAGGGUUACUGGAGGAUCCUGAAUUCCAGAAUCCAGAAUCUAAAGCCUGCAAUGAAGAAGAAAGCCCCACAGAUUGCAGCUCUACAACAUACUUCAGCGCAGACCCCCAGUCACCUGAUGGGCCAGCCCAAGAACUCCCAAAGAGGGAGGAUGGAGGAGAAGGGGCCAGCACAUUAGGGGCCCAACUUGCUGAAUUCAGCCCCAUCGCAGGUGAUGCAGGAAAAUACAGGGGAAGUGGUAAACCCCCAGGGUUCAGGGCUUUGUUGAGCAGGAGGGAUCCCAUGUCUAAACUGGGAGUUGAACCUCAAUUCACAUCUACCCCAAAAUCAGAGCCUGGGCCACAGAACUUGGAGCCCAGGGCUGGAGGGGCAAGGAGGCAGCUUGUGCCACUUGUGCCAGCUUGUGUAAAGGGAUUUGGAGACAGUUUGGAAUAAAAUUGGAAUAAAAUAGACCUUCAGAAAGAUAUCUCUCAAUGGAUAAUCCAGCACUGUAUCGCUGAUAGAAUAUGUUCUAUCUCGCACCACCCUAAGAGUUGUAGCAGGGAAGUGAAGAGACUACGAUUUAGCUAGAACAUAACAUAACUAACAAAAUUGCAACCCCAAACAUUUCCACCUGAAAACAAUGCUGAGUCUGCUGACCAUUCUGUUUUAGGUAAUUAUUUGUUUUAAUGUGAAUGACAUUUUUUUAUUUUAAAAUUAUUUCCAUGUUUUAAGAUGACUGAUAUUACACCCCCAGAGUCAGACAGCCAUGUAUUAUAUGCACAGUGACUAUAAUUGUCUUAAUCAGAAGAGAUCAUGAGUUGUUUACAGUGGUUGCUAUUUUAUGUUCAAGGAUUCAUGACUGAUGUUUGAUGGAAAUGUAGUAUCAACAACAAAAAUGUGAUAUUUUAGUAUAUUUUAGCCUAACCAGUAUCCCACAAACCGCUAAUCUGAACAGGGUCAGGUUCCAACUGUUUCCAAUUGGAUUUGGAUAUUUAUCUGUGGCAUGAAAAAGGGUGAUGUGAAUGGCUGUCUGGCUCAGGGGGGGUGCAAAUGUGUUUUAUCAAUUAAGAUCCCAGAUGUUCUGCUUUGCUUUGCUUUUUUAUCAUUUUAUAUUGAACAUGGUUAUUUUGUUUACCUUUCUUAUGAUAAGCUCACGCAUAAGCUUAAUGAGAAUUAAGUCAAACUCAAUUGAGUGUAAAUGUUUUAAUCGUCAUCAUUCGAAAUCUCACAAGCUCCAGUUAGUUUCCAAGAAAGUUUAGCAGUCAUUACCCUAGUUAAUACCCAGUAUUUUGAUUCUAUAUAUAAACAAAUUUAAAUCUCCCUGAGAUCUAAAUUGGAAAAGACAUAAAAAAAAGAAAAUUCACAAUAUUGUAAAACUUGUUUUUACAAUAGCAAUUAUCUUGACUUUGAAGAGCAGUGCGAUCGAUACCCUGCUGCCACAGAAUUUUUUGUCAAACACUUUUUAAAAUUUCUAAAUGUGACUGACAGCUGCUCUUGAAUGUGGUUUUCUGUCCAAAUGUUGAGGAGAGCUAUAAUUUGUUCUGCGUCCCACGAAGCAACAACUUUGUCGGGUUUGUUUUUGACACAGCCUUCACUUACAGCCGCCAUUGUUCUAAACAGUUUAUUUCUUUAGCACAUGUCUUUCGAUGACGUACUUCAGUACAGCACAGUUUGGCCCCGUUGGGUACAAGAUACGAAAUUGUACUGUCUGAUGUGUAGCUAAGGUAUAAAAGUGGAAACACCCUCUAGCUACACCUCACCUAGGGGCCUGUUUCAUAAAAGCGAUUUGCGAGGAUUCCCAGUAGCAGACACAUCGCAGGUUGCAAAAUGCAUUUCAUAAAACUUUCGCAGGGCUGCGACGUAGCAGGUUUUCCCCUGAAACCUGCAAGUGCUGGAGGGCAGCCACAAGUACUACUUUUCAUCGCAAAUAGUUUUAGUAGAUGACAAGAUGGCCCUCAUACUCCUAGCUCGCCGUCGCUAUGGCAGAGAAAUAAGAAGGGAAAGAGUAUUCAGGGACCAGGCAAAUCCUCUUGAUGCAUAUACUGAUGUAGAAUUAAUAUCCAAGUAUCGAUUGCCAAGAGCGGAAAUAAUGAAUAUAUGCAGUUUAUUGGACAAUAAACUAAGAAACCAAACACAUAGAAAUAAGUCACUACCUGUAUCACUGCAAGUCUUGACUGCUCUAAGAUUAUAUGCAAGCGGUAGUUUUCAAGAAGUAACUGGCGACUGUCAUGGUUUAAUAUUUAUGUCAAUAUUGUGUCCAUCCUUUUUCAAUUUAGAUGCCGCUUUAGUAUUUUUUAUAUGCUGAAAUGAGUGAAACAAAGCAAGCAAUAAAUGCCUGUUAGAAUGCCAUGAAUAGAUAUUUCUGUGUAUUGUAAUAGCUAAUUUAGAUGGAUAACAAAAGACAUGUUCAUUUACUCCAAAACUGAGUCAUACAUACUCGGGGCCACUCCGCUUUCUUCUCUCAUCUGGCUCACGUCCAAUCCACCCUCAACACCGGAAACAGCUACUUCGCCGAUUAUGUUUAGCACCAUCUUUUCCUCCUCAUUGAGGUCUUUUGGUAUUCCACUACCACCUGUCCUUUUCAUCUCUGUUCUGCUUUUUGCUUCUUUCACUUUUGUUCUGCUUGAAAGGUCUGUCCAUUUUCUGUUCUCAUCCCAACCCCAAACGCAUUAACUUCAUCUGUGAUCAUCUGCCACUUUUUUCUUUUCGUCGUUGUUAGAGUUCCUGUAAACUUGCCGAAUAGUACCUUUUUAUUCUGACCUACAAGGUCAAUAAUUGUUGUUAUUUCCUCCUUCGAAAAAUGUGUUUUUCUUGUAGCUGUCAUUUUCUUCGGUGCUUUAAAAGUCGAUUGUCGAGUUCAUGAUUUACUCAUUGCAGAUCGCAUUGCUAUAGUACUUGCUUCCAGUUUAAAGCGCUUGCAGCGAGAACCUUUGCGACGUAGCAAGCACACUUGCUACUACUUGCAAUCGCAAUUCUUUAUGAAACGGGCCCCAGAUUGUCAAGCUGAGCUGUAACUGGGGAACGAGGCAUUACUGGCCUGUUUGAGACAAGUUUUACUGAUACAGUGAAGUACAAAAGGAAGCACGCAGUCGGUCAUUUCUGCGCCACUGAACAAAAUGUUUUAAAUGUAUACUUUUUUUUUUUUUUUAAAUAACUUGUUCAGAUGUGCUCCAGAAUUGUAUUAACUGCUGUAGUUUGAUAUGGUACAUUUUUCCACAGUCCAGUCUUCCUUGCGUUGAUUUAUCAAAAAAGCAGAUCAUGUUGAUUGUCCAGUUUUUUUGUCGUUCACAACCUGGUGUCCUUCAAUCAGUGGACGUCAAGUGAGUCGCGAAAAACGCAUUAAGACCUCAGACGACAUUACAUUUGCAAAGUUAAAGUAGUACACUCUCACUAUCUGUAACACUUUUUUGUGUUUAAUAAUACAUCAUAACAUUUGAGUCAUAUCUGCAACAUUAUAUACCAGUAUGGUAGAACUUUUAACUAUAUGAAAUCAUAUUGAAAUAUGUUAAACUUUUGUUAUUGAAAGGUUUGCUGCAAGAUUCAGUCCCUUUAUAUGUCAUAAUAUCAAUUUGUCGUCCAGCCGUUGUGAUUGUGGUAUUAAGGUAGACUUAUGCAAAUAUAAAUUAGAUAUAGUUCCCAUAUUCUUGUAUUUGUAAAUUAACUUAUUUUUAUAAAAAUACCAGAUUUGUGUUGUAGGCUAGAGAGUACAAAAUUACAUCAUCUUAUAAUUACUACACAGGCAUGUUGCUUAAAGUUAACAUUUAUACAGGAAGCUCCGGACGGUCUCCACAUCAAAUAAAUGUUUUGCACAUCCCAAACAAGGAAAAGUUUAAAUAUAUUAACAUGAUAUAUGGAUUUAGUAUUUUAAACAUAGGCUAUUUUAGAAGCACAGGUGUUGCAGAAGGACUGAAGAGCUGUUUAACUUAUCUGUCUGUCAAUAAUUUCUCAUAAUUUUGUGCACGCCCGCCUGAUCGCUAAGGGAUCAGUUUGCACAAGACCUGACUCUGUUUGGGGUCAGCAAAACAUUACAUCAGAGUAAGAAACAUUGUGCAAUAAGGUUUCAUGGGGGAUAUUUUGUUUACAAUUUUUGUAAAGAGGUGGUUCAAAUUUUCCUGCUAAAAUUGCUUAUACGAGCCUAAAGAAGAUGGGAAUAUUAAACAAAAUGAAGGUAAAUAUUCACUUUAAGUGAGCAAAUACGGUAUGACUAUUUAGCGAUUAAUAAAUGAUUACAGUACAUUUUAAUUCAUUGGCUAGAUCAUGGUGCACCUUCCAAAUGGAGUAGACACGCUUUUUGGCUGAUGCUUACUUUUAAAAAAGGAGUUUGGGGUCUGUGAAACCAGCCAUAUGUGAGUGUCUUCUCUCUUCUCUCUGCCUGUUGUGAGAUUCAGUUAUAUUUUUUGUUCUAUAACCUUAUCACCAGAAAAGACAACGUUGUGAAACAUGAACAGCAACAGAUUAUGGUCAGUGCUAACAAGAAAUCUUUAUUAUUAUUAUUAUUUAUUUAUUAGCAGACUGUACCAUUAUGGAAGCUUCUACGUUGCACAUCACUUUUUCCAGAAAGCACACUAUAACAGUGGGUGUUUUAAGUAAGUGAGACGCUCCAUGCAAGAACCCACUUGACGGCAUGCUCAGUUCUGUACCUGCUAAACAGCUCAGAUAACUGCAGAGCAGGUUUCAUUUGGUGAUCCAAGUGAGCAGAAAAAAACUUGCUCUGAGCCGCUCAGUUACUUAACGCAUUGAUGCAAGGUGGUUUGCAGUGCUAAAGACAAUGACAAACAACAAAGUACUGUUGAAAUGGUGGUUUAUUUAUAAUCUAAAGUCUGAUGACAACAGUAAAGAAAUGGAGGGCUGGCAAUACACAGCGAUGUGUAUUGCACAGUUCAACAAACAACGGGUUGCAGUCCCUGCCUCAAGAUGGCUUCACAUGUACCUGCAUGGACCUCUCAGAACUACAUUUCCCAUCAUCCUCCCGCUCACAUAUGUAACUGAGAUGGAUUUACCAGUGAGCAGGAGGAUGAUGGGAAAUGUAGUUCUGAGAGGUCCAUGCAGGUACAUGUGAAGCCAUCUUGAGGCAGGGAAUGCAAUUUAGAAGUGUAAACAGUUUUAGCAACACACGAGAAUAUGUAACACAAUAAAAUAAAAAGGUCCUUAUGUAGCCUUUUAAAAGGUUGUGAAUAGGUUUCUAAUAACUUUUAAUGAAGGUUUUUUUUUUUUUUUUUUAAUGUGGGUUUUAGUUGAUGGGAUAAAGCUACAUAUUGACUUUUUUAUUCAUAUGUACUGGCCAGUGUACAAAGACAGGCAACCUUUAAGCAGUUCAGUGCUUUGGGUAAUGGUUUAUAAUACACACAAUAUACAAGGUGUGCUACAUCUGCAGACACUUAUAUAUCCAGUUGCUGCAGGAAUGGACAAAUUGAAAAAAAUAUAUUGCCGGCUUAUGCAGGAUAGAGGAUACACAAAGCAGACCUCCAAGGAAAAUACGAUAGCACAAUAGGGCUUAAUCUUCCAUUUGAGUUUAACCAUCACCAUAGCAUGGUUUUAUGGGUAUUCCUUAAGAUGAGGUGUAUAAGUGAGGCCUAUUUACACUGAAUAAUAAAGAUCCUGUGUCAUUAUUAAAGAUGGUUGUCAUUGAUUAAUCUCAGUGCAUGUUGAGAACGUUGUAAAGGGUUUAAUUAGAUUGCUGAAUCUUGGUUCUGACCAAAAUUUGUCUUAUUUACUAUAACAUUUCUAUUUCAGUAAACUACAUUAGGCUUGUAUGUGUGACUAUAAAGACUCUAAAACACUGAGACAGUAAGCAUUACAAAAUGCAAGCAUGUGAACGUGUGGUUUACAGUGCUCAGGUAAUACAGGUGCUACAACAACGACAGAUACAAAGUUACGGUUCAAAACAAUGAUUUAUUUUCUCCUUUGUUCCGUUUGAGACCGUAAAAUAAUAAUUCUGACUCUACCCAAAAAUGGGUAUUGUCAGCGUUUAAACAGCAGGGUUCAGUCCCGAAAUAAUAAUACACAAAACAACACACAACACAGACACAGCCACUUCUCCUGACAGUGUGUGCUCUGAGUGCAGGUGUGGUGCAAGGUAAUUAAAGUGACAAGUGUUACAGUGUAGUCCGGGCUCGAUGCUGGCCUGUAGCGACAGUUCUCGGAUCAUGUUAGCCAUCUAUCAGUGACAAACACAGACAGUUAGUUUCCACAAAACAAACAAAACACACUCACGAUUGUUUUUUACACAGUCCGUUUCCUUUUUGGUCAAUCUCAUAACCACAUCAAAGGAACAGAUUACAUUGUCACACCCCCUGUUAUACCCUUAGUCAUGCUCCCCUGCGAUAGCUAGUCCAGUCACGUCUUCUCCAAUCCAUGACCGAUACAUCACGUACCGCUUUAGGGCGAUGACAUCAGGCAUUAUGACUCCGCACCCUUCCUGGAUGGCUGCCUUCCGACUGACCCUGGAAUGAACUGCCAGACCAACCAGUACUCUGCUCCUGUUAAACAGCGCCCUCACAGAUCUGUCACAAAGUGGUACUCAUCUGUUUCAUGAAAUGUAUUGGACACGGUUUUGUUCAUAAAAUUACAGGAUCCAUCCAUUUGUCUACUUUUUAUUUACCUUUUUAUAUUGUAUUUUAUGUUAUGAUUGUUGCUGUAGUGCUGACGUUUUUGUAAACCAUUGCAUUAUUCUCAAACCAUUUAUUUGUCAUUUUUAUGUAUUGAUGAUUGUGUUAACUUAUAUAAUCCUGUAUAUUAAUAUUAGAGAUGUAUCAUCGAACAUACUGUGGACUCAGAUUGCUUAUUUAAAUCAACUAGGGGUGGUGUUUUACUGCACUUUCAUAUUAGAGCUGGUGAUAAAUCCCAGGGGUUUCAGUAUUGGGAGUCACAAUAGUCACUUUACUUAGAAAUGUAGUUAGAAUAACAGGUGGAAGAAAACUACAUUAAUUACCUAGAGGUAUACAGGACCAAACUUUAUGGGAAAUGUAAGGUAUUGCCAUGGCUAUCCCAAUUGUUUCAGCAGCAUUUAAAAUGUUUUUGUCAGCUCUAAAUACUCUUAACAUGACAUACAAAAUAAUAUUUUAAUAUCUGGGGAUGUACGAGGAGAGAUGGGCAGUCAAAAAAAGUGGUUCUUGUUCACCUUGUUGAAGAGACAAAACAUAAACAGUUGUAAAUGAGGACGGAUCUUCACAAAACUUGUGUAUAGGAAUUAUACAAACUCUCUAGCACUUAAUCUGUAUAACUUCUUACAUGUCUGAGAACACAGCCUGGCCUAGCGGUCUAAAGCACCAUGGCCAAGUCUCUGACACAUUUACAUGUGCACAUGCCAACUAAAGCCCACAUAAACACAGAUACAUUGUAAAACUAAUGUAAACCCUACUCCAAUGUUCCAAACAGUGGAGCCAUUUUAUUAGUUUAAUGAGACCCAAAAACAGUACUGGUUUAUUUUAGACCUGAUUUAAAGACAUUUCUGCAAUUUACACAUGCCCUUAGUAUGCAUAUCCGUUUAAAAUGUAAGUACUUUUUCAUGUUUUUUUUUUGUUUGUUUGUUUGUUUGUUUCACAUUCUGCAGCAAUGUUGCAAAUCUUGUUCCUAGUGGAGUGCAUACCGAAUAAUUUAACAUUAAGGCAAUGCAGUCAAGAAACAGGUACUUUGGCAGAGACUUGGAGAUUGAAGAACCUGCCAGUUAAAUAGAACUUUGUGUUAUCCACAGCUGUCUCCAUUGCACAUUUUAAAUGUCUAGAAAAAAUAGAAUCAACUGGAAACUUGGAAAACCAUUUUAAAUCACUCAUUAAUGUGUUUGUCAUUGAUGUUGUGCCGAACUUGCUGGAGUCUGUUGUUCAAAGAGAGUAGACUGCACCAAGUACAGACCCCACACAACCAAGUAAGCCUGCAGUCUCGGUCUACUACUCCUUUUGUUAAAGAUGUAUUGGUUAUUACCAUUAUACUAUCUUGCUUUGGCAUCUUAAAAAUGUUUAGUAAUGGAUCAUUUAAAAUGUAUUUAAGAUCCAUUGGCAAACAGACAAACGCUCACACACACAUUAAACUUUUACGGCUGGUUUCACAGACCCUGAUUAGCACUAAUCCUGGACUACCUUCGUGCUAAUCGGGGUCUGUGUAACAAGUCAUUAAAUGUUAACAUUUUAACAUUGCAUGUGGUUUAGAAUUUCAUCACUUUUGCUUGCUAAUUCUCUAUUGUAACUUCAAAGUUGCAUUAGAAAAUUAGAAGUGUAGUGAAUUAAGUAUACAAUUAUUUAAAUAUAAAUUAGUCUCUAGGCGCCCUGUUUAAGAACCUCCAAAUUUUAAUAACUGAGACAUACCAUAAUAGUUCGACGGAAUCAUGUAGAUCUCGGAUUCCCUUGACAAUAACCGACAGUCACACGACGUGUCAGAAAUAUAAAACAAUAGUUUAUUUAAGAAUAAAAAGGAGUGCACAACUUAUCUAAUAUUACAGAAAGGAAAGGCUAUUGGUUAGAGAUGCGUCAAGUGUACAGUUCAUUGAUUCCAUAGUCAAACGAUUACAACGACCAUAACAUCAUUAGCAUACAUGGUUAAUAUACUAAUAUUAAAUAUGGCUUAUCACCCAAAGUGUCUGCUUUGCAUUAGUAUUUCCAAUACCGAUUUCUCAUUGUAAUCGAUCAUGUCAAUAUGCAUGAGAAUUAAUUCAACUUCCCAUUCAGAACGGAAUCCAACAUUCCAGUACCUAAUUUAGCAAAUUAGUUUUACCGUGUUAAUUUAGUUUAGACGUCAUGUACCAAACUAAUAAUAUGUUAUCAACCUCAGUUGAUUAUAUAUUCAAAUUAACUCAGAAAUGGGGCAAUGAUCAAACGAGACAACUCCUUUGAGUUGCACAUUUCAACAAACAAAAUACAUUUCUUACACACUCUAAAACAGGAAGCUAUAUUCUAUUCCUAGAACAGUUUAUUUACUAACUUGAUAGCAUUUACUACAGUUACUUUCUCAAGUCAAAGUUUAAUAUUAGAUAUGUUGAAUACUUAUCAGUUUCCAUAUAAAGAAGUCAAUAUGUGUUGAUGAACACUGCAGCUCUUUGGAUCUGAAGUUCCAAUGAAGAUGGUUCUUUGCUGUAUGCAUUGUAUUGCGUAGGCUCGCAAUAAACAAAUAGUUAUUUUCAAAUGGAUAUCAGCUUGUUGAUCUCCAGUUCUUGCAGCACUAUACUUGUUGUUGGCAGUUUUCCAACUGGAAAUAGUUCUGUUGAUCAGAUGUAACUCAGUUCAGACAAUGUGUUGCAAUUGAAGAGUUAUGUAAUUCGUAGAAGUGUUCUUGUUGCAAUUCUUCUGUAUGGCUAGUACAUGACCUUAGGUCCAGAUGCUGGCUAUGCUUCCGUUUACUGUUUCAGUCUCUCGUAGGGCAAAGAACUACGGCUCUCUUCAAAGCUGAUUUUAGCCAUUCUUCAGAACAUUGUUUCUUCCUUGCCUUCCGUGAAUUUGAUCACUUAUGCUCCCAUGAUUCAGGAACUUUCUUCAGAGCAGUUUAGCUUCCAUUUUGUUCCUCCGCACUCCAAGCCACUUCUAGUGGGUGGAGCUCACUUCUUUCUAUUGCCUGGAGCGCUGUUCCUUCUGUGGGGCACACUUCUAGUGUGGGGAGCUCAUGGGAAGCUCUCUCAUGGGGCAAACACGUUCAGAGACAGCCCAUUGUUCUCAAUUGGUCCGUGGCUUCGACCCUGUCGGCUGUAUUUAUGAGGGGUACUGUUCUCUGUCCGAGGUGUCAAAGCAUACUUAAAACUGUCUGGCUUGCGUUGUGCAAGAUACUGCCGGGGCCUAAAUGAUUCAAUGACAGGAAAAGAUAAACACUUGUACAGCAGUUAGUUUACGACUCUUUCUAAAAGCAUUCUUGGUCAGUGGGGGAGUUUGUGAGCAGAAACUGAGUAGACACAGAGAAUGGCUUAAGACCCCCCUUUGAAUAUUUCAGUUCUGUUAAUUUCAUGCACAGAAUGAUAUUAUGACCCACUCUGAAGCUACAGCUACUUCCCCUACUACCUGACAUGCUCUCAGCAAGUAACAUGCUUUGACCCAGAAGAUACUGCUAUGGUGAAAUGACUAAGGAGGUAAUGCAGUAACAUACUUCCUGGAAGGAUAGGCAAGCAAAAUGAAAACCUAGUAUAGUACCAGAAAAUACAUGUUUGCUAUAUCAUGUAUUUCUUUCAAACUGCACAUUUGAGACCCAUGUAGCUAACUGAAGUGCAAAAAGGAUAAGAUUUAUGAAAUAUUUUUUGUUCAAUCACUUUAAAAACAUAAUGUUAAUUUACUGAAAGUUGUGUGACAACAAAAUCUCUAUCCCAAUCAAAACUCAAACAGAUUUACAGAUGGAAUUGUUCAGAUAUCUCUGCAAAUGAAUGCAUUUGGUAAAAAAAAGCAGCCCUGAUGAAAGAAAAAGCACAGUAAACCCACAAUAGGUAAAAACUAUAAAUUGGGCUAACUACAGUGGCUCUCAAAAGUAUUCACCCCCCUUGGACUUUUCUACAUUUUAUUGUGUUACAACAAGGAAUCAAAAUUGAUUUAAUUAGGAGUUUUUGCCACUGAUCAACACAAAAAAAGUCCAUAAUGUCAAAGUGAUAAAUAAAAUCUGCAAAUUGUUCUAAAUUAAUUACAAAUACAAAACAGAAAAUAAUUGAUUGCAUUAUUCACCCCCUUGAGUCAAUAUUUGGUAGAGGCACAUUUGGCAGCAAUUACAGCCAUAAGUCUAUUUGGAUAAGUCUCUACCAGCUUUGCACAUCUGGACACUGCAAUUUUUGCCCAUUCUUCUUUGCAAAAUUGCUCAAGCUCUGUCAAGUUGGAUGGGGACCUUUGGUGAACAGCAAUUUUCAUCUCUUUCCACAUAUUCUCAAUUGGAUUGAGGUCCAGGACAUUGACCUUUUUGUUUUUAAGCCACUCCAGUGUGUCUUUGACUGUAUGUUUGGGGUCAUUGUCCUGCUGGAAGAUGAAUCUGCUCCCAAGUCCCAGGUCUCUUGCAGACUUCAGCAGGUUUUCUUCCAGGAUUUCUCUGUACUUUGCUGCAUCCAUUUUGCCCUCUAUCUUCACAAGCUUUCCAGGCCCUGACACAGAAGCAUCCCCAUAGCAUGAUGCUGCCACCACCAUGCUUCACGGUAGGGAUAGUUUUCUCAGGAUGAAGUGCGGUGUUAGGCUUGCGCCAAACAUAGCGCUUCGCAUUGAGGCCAAAAAGCUCUAUUUUGGUCUCAUCAGACCACAGAAUCUUCUUCCACUUGGUCUCAGAGUCUCCCACGUGCCUUCUGGCAAACUCUAGCUGAGAUUUGAUGUGAGUUUUUUUCAACAAUGGCUUUCUUUUUGCCACUCUCCCAUAAAGGCCAGUUUUGUGAAGCACCCGGGCUAUUGUUGCCGUAUGCACAGUGUCUCCCAGCUCAGCCGUGGAAGACUGUAACUCCUUUAGAGUUGCCAUAGGCAUCUUGGUGGCCUCCAUGACUAGUGCCCUUCUCGCCUGGAUACUCAGUUUUUGAGGAUGGCCUGCAAAUCACUGUUUGAGCUAUAAUCUUCUUUUACAUUUUUUUACUUCUGCAACUUUGCAGUGGACUUCUUGUGAAUUGUUUUUUUUUCUUUUUAGAGAAAUUGAUUGUCCGUUUCCAGUUUAAGUUUGCAAAAAAAAUGUAUCAUUAAUGGUAAAUGUACCUCUUUUUGACAAUAGGAAAACACCCAUCAGAUUGCAAUUGAUUGCACCUGCACCAAAAUAUGACAGCGCACCACAUUCUGACAUCACACAGGUCAAGUUUUGGUACACGUACCACAUUUUGAGAUGUACCACUUUCUAACACUACACCGGCUCUAUAGUCCAGAUAACGACUUCUAGUGAAAAGUGAAAAACAACGUCCACAAACUUGAACUUGAAGCUUAUCUAUAAACUUCAGGUACAUUCAAACAGUAUUCCAAUUCCAAAAAAUUCAACCCCACUAGUCAUUUCCUCUCAUUCAGGGGGAUAUUUUGCCACAGCUUAACUCUUUUCAUGUGCAUCUAGCUUUUGGAUGGGCCGGGGGUAAGCCAUCUAUGUAUAUUGGUUGGAAUUUAUUUUCUUAUGCACGAUUGUAGGCUAUAAAUAAAUAAAUUUGAAGUGCCAUUUGUGUUUGUAGUUGUUAGUUAUUAUACAUGUAUACCAUGUAUGUAACACUUCAUGAUAUAUUUAUUAAGCUUUUAAAACUACAAUAGAACUUGCUAAACCAAUACACAAUUUGUUUAUAUUUAAUUGUUCAGUGAAUUCCUGUAAUCAUGCAUUGUCUCUACUCUUUGCUUGCCUCUGUGAUAAAUAAACUCAACAUGAUUAGAAGUAGCCACUGAACAUUUCACAGUAUAAUAAGAACAUUUUAUAUGCAUACAAAUGUGUGAAGGUUAACGUGUACAAUGAACAUAAAGUGUGGGGGGAGGUUUGACAACACUACAAAUAUGUUAUCUUGUGUGGAUUAAACAUAGGUGUUAAAAGCCAAGGAAACAUUGCAAAUCUGCAAUCACCUAAGGAAACUUUAUUGUAGUAUUUGAUAUGCUGUUUUCUAUACCAAGAUUUCAGUUGUAUAAUUUAAAUAAAAUCUACAGUAGAGGUCAGCUGUCAUAUAAUGUACGUAUGCAGAAUUCAAAUAGGCUACAGUUGCAUUGAUAAUUUCUUGGGUGCAAAUAACGUAUAUCAUUUUAGCAUACAACAAACAUCCCAUAAGGUUAAAAUGGUUAAAACAAGUGAAUAAAUCUCAUUCAUAACCACAAGUAUAGAAAAGGCUAAAAUAUUGUCGUAACUACAAAUGUUGAAUUUUCGAGGUAGUCUGUAAGAAAUUAACUCUGGUCCUGUACAUGCCAUCUCUCUCUCUCUCUCUGUGUCAUCUGCAUCACAGCCACGGUCUGUUAAAUGUCUGUUUCAAGGUGAGUUAUAUACUCUUUCGUUAAUUAAAACCCUCUUUUUUCAAACACAAAUUAACUCCUGAUAAAUUAUGACAAUUAACAUGGAUUUGCUUUUAAAUUCCCACGCAAACAAAAUAGUCGCAAGAAGUACUGCUCAUUAAGAUAUUAAAAUUAGUUUGUAAAUCAACAUAAUUUCAGAAAUCACAUUAGGAUGAUUAACGAAAUAGGCAUAUCGACCACUUGAAAAUGUCAAAAUCAAUGCUACAUACCGAUUUCUGGAUUAACACUAGAGUUAUCAUUUAAGACCUUUUGAAAAUCCUGCCCAAAUUCUGCAACAAAUAAUGGGAUACUCUUGUCCUUAAAAUCAACUAUAAAGGCUUUACAUAUCUUUACUGACAGAAAUGCAGUAUAGAGACUCAUAUGCACUGUUUAGGUCAACUGAACAGAGCUCAAUGUAUUUGUGAUAUAAAAAGUACACUUUAUAUUUGCUUAAAUGAGAAUAUACCAUUGACUGUAUUCUAACAAGUGAUAAAGACAAACUCAUUGAUUACCAGAGAAAUUUGUUUAGAGAAAAUACCCUGCUGUGAAGAUCGACUAGGCUUGACUUUAAGAACAUUUAGAUUCUAUCAAACUUCAAACAGAUUUUUGUUUACACCUUGAAACUGAUAACAGGACCAAUGUAAAGUUCUUAUAGACAUUGUGUCUCCGAAUGUGAAUUCCAUGAGAUCUGGUCAAAAAUCAAGUAAUACUGCCAUCUAGUGGACGAUGGAGAUGGUUCAGUUUGGAAUUAAAUUAACAUUGUAUUCAAAGGGAAAAUAUGUUAACUAUUCUGAAUGAACCAAAGUCAUUGUAUUUAUCUUGCUCUUAUUGUAUUACUUGUACUGUAACACUUGAAAUGUAUUUGCUUACGAUUGUAAGUCACUCUGGAUAAGGGCGUCUGCUAAUAAAUAAAUAAUAAUAAUAAUAAUAUUCUAAAAACGAUGUACUUGUGAACUUGUAAAUUUACACACAUUAAAACUAUAGUAUAUUAAAAGCCUUAAUUAAAUCACUAAAAAUGACGUAAUUUAUCAUUCAGGAAAUUGAUUCAAAUGUAAUUAAUUCAUUAUAAUGAUGAUUAUGGGACUUACAGGAUUUAUUUUGAUACUGCAUUGUGUGAAACCAUAUCUGGAAAAUAGAAAUGUGAUUAUUAAGUAAAAAUGUAUAACUUAGGAAAAGUUAUUUCACAAAAGAGUAUUUUUAACUAAAUGCAUUUUCUGUGAUUUUACGUUUUGUGUUCAAAUGAAAAUGGGGAGGUGUCUUUUUGAUUAAGUUGUUGUUAUGAUGUCAUAUGUUUACAUUCAAAACAGCCAAUACAAUUACCUGAUUGAGGAUUUACCGAUGGAAUGACUAGGAGAGCUGACCAAUUGAAUGACAAUAAUCUGAGAGAGACACCUAUUCUCAAAUGUUAUAAAAAUGCUUGCAGCAUGGAAAACACUCUCUCAACAAGAACUUCCUAAGGAAAUCUCUCUCUCAAACAAAUCAAAACUCUCCAAUGAAAAUAUCUUAAGAAAGCUGACUCUUGGAAAAGCUACACAAAAACAUCUAAGUGUGUACAAUUGGACUGAAUCGCUGUAACAUUCUAACAUCACAAAAACUAAAACAUAGCUGCUGAAAACAACUUCUUGAAGAAAAGAUCUUAAAUCAAAAGAUCAAUAAAAAGACUUUAUUGCUACUAAAUCUAAAAGUAUGUAAACAGAAGAAUAAUAGUUAUUUAAUACGAAGUGCUUUCUAAGCAUCAUCUUAAGCACACAGGUGUGGCUUUGUUGCAUUGUGGGAUAUGGAGUCCUAAAGAAAAAAACAUCUUGUUUUUCUUCAGACUACUAACUGAAGACAGGUUUCUAAGUUGAAACGUUUUACUCAAGCUGAGAAAGCGAUAUAAUUCUUCCUUGCACGACUGUUUCAACUUUCUUCACAUAUAAGGACUGGUAACUAAACAACUUCUCAAUUUCCAGGAUGCAUAACUCGAUUGUAUUUUAAAUUCUGUUUAAAUUGAAGUAAUAUUAAAGUAUGUUGAAUUACAUGAUUGAAUAUAUUUAGAAUCUUAAUUACAACUGAAUAUAUGGUUAAUUUGUCUUGAACAUACUUAGUAUAAUACUUGUUUAUACAUUGAAAACGAAUUACUACAAUCAAAUACAAUCUACUCUUAUUUUUGUAACUUUAAUAAAAGAAGGUAUU